GUAUGGUUCAUGAUCAGCGCCAUUUUGUUCAAAAUAUUUUAAAGAUUUUACGUGGUAAAGAGCCGACGUAUAGACGGUCUGUUAAACUUGAUUUCGCUCUGAUCCGCCUUGGAAACAGUCUUCACAUAGUUCGCUAUGAAUUGGUGCAGUAGCUUUUAUUUUGGUUUAAUUGUAGCCUUUGUGACCCUGGUUGUAGUUCAAUGUACUGAGUUAACAUUCGAAUUGGAAGACAACGCUAGACAGUGUUUCUAUGAGGAUUUAAAGAAAGACAUCAAAGGAACGCUGGAAUUUCAGGUUAGCACUUGAUUCAUGUUAUAUGUGAGAACUGCAAUUUCUUGGAAACCAAGCUGUUUGUCUUCCUUUUACCAAGAACUUAACUAGCUCCCACACGUGCUGAAAUGUACCGGCUUCAACAAACACUCAUUAACGUUUUGUCUUUGUAUUGGUCAGUUCAACAGCUUACUUAUCAUAAGUUCAGAAUUCAAGAGCGAGAUUUUUUUUCUUAAGGCGACUGAAAAUCGUUUACAUAAACAAAUGCCUAAUGGCUAAAGACUAUACUCUUUUUAAUGAGAGAUUUUAGAAGGUGUUUACCUCCAAACAGGGAACGUUGGAUUGGAUCGUUACGUUAUCCAGUGUUGAUUGGGUUAACUUGAUUAUACUACUACAUGAGAAAUUUCUGCAAUUUGAUUGGCUUAGAGCAGUGGUAUUUCAGCUUAGGUUUUUUAUUGAUGAAAAUAUACAAACUGUAAGGGUAGUUAAUAAUUAAUCUCAAUUUGUACGUGAUAUGGCGAUUGAUCGCCACUCGUGAUUUUCAAAAUUGGAUUUAUCGCCGCUUACUUUGUGUUUAAGUCGCUUUUAUUCGCAAUUUUGAAAAAUCACCUCUGGCUUUUUAUGAAGAGCCUCCUACUUUAUUAAUACUGGAUAUAAUUGGAGCUGAAUUAAAAAUUUUUUUUUUGAUGAACCCAACUGUCAUUUAGAUAAUUGCGGGCACAAAUAGAAUGGAAAACAUAAUUAUACACGUUACAUUCAGGUUAAAAUGUUUUUACCUAGGUUGAUUCUAAUAUAUUGCUUACCAUUAAAAAGUUAACAGAACCAUUUUGUGAAAGUGAACCAGAUCUUUGCAGUAGAAUGAAAGACCUAAGUGGUUGAAAAAGGAACCUGAAAAAAUUCAAGCUUGACCAGGAAUCAAACCCUGACCUCUGUGAUGGCUGGAUGCUAUGCUCUAUCCGUGGCAAAGGUGAGGGUUCGAUUCCUGGUCAAGCCUGACUUUUUUCAGGUUCCUUUUUCAACUUCUUAGGUUGUUCAUUCCACUGCGAAGAUCAUGUUCACUUUCAUAUUUUCAGAAUAAUUAUGAUUCAUGUCAUUCAAUUCGAAACAUUUCAGGCAGGACUGCGAACUGAAAAUAAGUCAAAGACUCCUUUUUCAUUUCUUUUCUUUUUCUUUUAUUUUUGCUGGAUGAAAAAACUCUUAUAGGCAUUCAUUUUCCUCUUUAGGUCAUCAGUGGUGGAAACUAUGAUGUGGAUGUGAUUCUUUAUGAUGAAAGUGGUAAAACUUUGUACACUGUUCAAAAGAAACAGUAUGACAGUUACUCCUUCACAGCACAAAGUGAGGGAGUCUAUAAGUUCUGCUUCAGCAAUGAAUUCUCGACAUUUAGUCACAAGGUAGUGUACUUUGACUUCCAAGCUGGAGACGAAACACCACUAACGAAGGAAAUGGGGGCCCACCAUACAGCUCUGACACAGAUGGAGACUGCUUGUGUUACUAUACAUGAAGACCUUAAGGUUUGUUCAAGAGAUGUUCUACAAUAUAGUGCAUUUGCAUUGUAGACCUGCAUUCUUUAACUUCCAGGUGUCAACCUUUAUUAUAUAUUGUGGAAUUGCACAAAUAUUAGGCAUCCUACUGACGAACAAUUACGGCAUUUAGACUUUUAGAUAUUUUGAGCAACAUCAUUUUGCCGUCUGUCCUCUUUAAAUUAUUAUGUACUAGUAAUAGUUUCGUACUACAUGAUAGUGUGGUACUCUUCAGAUAUAAUAGAAGAAGAGUGCUACACCAUUGUGUAGUCUGAAACUAUAUAGUAAUAAAAUGCCUUAGUAGUCAAAUCUUCAGUUGAUAAAACAUUGUACUUCUGGUAUUCUUGCCUCUAGUCCUUCUAUUGAGCACUGACAGCAGUUCUACUUCAGCUGAAAUCAAAUAUAAUAUAUUAAUAUAUAUAUAAUGACAUGUAAAAGCAAUUAAGCAGUCACUUAAAGAAAGAAAAAACAAACAAGCGCAGAAAACUCAGUUUUUGAAAAAGAUAUUUUUUCUCAUGUUGCUUUGUGCUCCCAGUCAUGAAGGCUGAGCCCUCAAGCCAGCUCUUAUUAAUGUUUGUUUAUUUAUACUCAUUAAAAGAUCUGUGUCAAAAAAUUGAUCAAAAUUUGAAAAGUGCGAACGACCACCAAAUUGAGUUAAUCAUAAAAAUAACAGCUCAAAACAUUAAAAGAAGGUAUAAAUAACAUGGCAAAUACAAAAGGAAUCAUGGGUAGAUCAGGGUGCCAAGAAAAUCAUUUUUACAGCUUGCCUUUCAGGCAAGCUGAAGCUAGCAUUUACUACUAGCCCAGACAUCAUUUCAACUAGCCCCAAAAGCUUUUUGACGAGCAGAAUUGAUUUCACAGUUCUUCUGUUAUUCAAAUUACUCAAAAAAUAUCACCUGCCCCGUCAGGCAAGUUAAAAACAGAAUUCACUGGCCCGAUAGCAAAAUCCAUUAGCCCUGGGCUGGCUAACAUUACUUUCUUUGCACGCUGGGGUGGACAAACUUGAAGACGAUUGAAGCAGACUGCAAUUUAUUGUGGUUUUUGGAAACUUAUCGGCCUAACAGUUUUUCAAAGUUCACUUUUGUUGUUUGUAGACAGAGACAAUUAAUUUUCUCAAGCUCCAUAGAAAAUAAGGACAUGUAAUUGGCAUUAAUAACAAAAUGAACUAGACAACCACAACCCAGCUCCUUUAAUUGUGUCCCUUCCAUAGUUCAACAAACAUUUAUUCUUACUUAGCAAAAUACAUGUACUUAUUAGUACACUGCAAAGUCUGAGUUCCAGUGACAAACUUUGCCAUUGUCUUUUUGUUGUGUUUUUUCACCCCUCCAUUUUACAAAAUGGCUUUGUUCUGUUGUGACAUUUUAGCUUAGUCUCUGGACCAGUUUCUUUGAAUUUGUAAUAAUUUUGUUGAAUAUUGCAUGCAACAAGCUGUUAUAAUAGUAGUUGGUCUGUUGUAGAGUACUUAUUGAAUAAUUUAUUUUGUUUACAUACAUACUGAAAAGAAUCUUUUUUAUUUGUUUUCUAUUUAUCCAGAUUGCAACCGACUACCAAACACACCAUCGCUUACGUGAGUCCCAAGGACGCGAUAUGGCCGAGUAUCUAAAUGAAAGAAUACAGUGGUGGUCCAUUGGCGAAGCUUGUCUUAUCCUUUCUGUUGGAAUCUGUCAAGUUGUUAUUCUUCGGCAAUUUUUUGCAGAAAAGAGGUCAACUAUUUAAAAGUUAAGGAAUGCAGCUAGUUAUUUUGAUUUGUACAGUGAUCGUGAAGUCUGUCUAGAAUGUGCCACAAAAUUUUGCGAGAUCAAGAACUGUGUUGGCUGCCGGAAACUUAUUUUAUGUUUAUACUAAAGUAUCAGGAAGAAAGAAUCACAGCGUUUGGCAGAGGACAAUGACUGUUUUUACUCUUGAAAAUGUUAUUAUAUAUUAUAGUGAACUGUUACUGCUGGAAGCACAACAGUUCUGUGGAAAAAAUGUCUUUGCACAUGAAGCAAAACUGUUGAAUUUCCAUUUGUGACACUUUAAUAGUAACAUGAGUUUUGAAUCCAUCAGACAGAAGAUCAAGGUCAGUUAAGUGAAAAAAAAUUAAUAUUGACGUUUACCAAAAAAAAGUUUUAAAUCUUGCUAAAAAUGCAAGUUUAUGUCUAAACAAUGUUAUUCCACCCUUCUCUUUUCUGCAUGUCAAACAAAAGGUUUCUUAUUGCGUGUUCCAUAAGGAUACAUUAGAGGCCACAAGAUUAGAAUACGCAAUUCAGCAGAAGUACCUAGAAAGGAGACAGAAAACCUCUGCGACCAGGAAAGUUUUCACAACAUUGUCUCUCUUGUGAAGAUAAUCACCUUUCACAGCAGUCG